AAAACUCCAAAAAGCUGGUUUUUCUCAGCUUUGAGUGAGAGUAAUAUAGCUAUAGUAGUACUCCUUCUUCUCAGGCCAUCUCUUUCAUUAAAAACACUUACUAUAUUUCUCUAUCUCUCUCCCCAAAAACUCAUCCCCUUUUCUCCCAAAAACCCCUUUAAAAUUUUUUAUUACGCAUCACAUAUAUGUUGAGAUUGAAAUAAAUUCUAUUUAAUUUUUCAGUAGUUUGUUUCUCUUUACUGUUAAAAAGCAGUAAACCAUCUCAUUUUUUUUUUUUUUUAAUUUUGAGGGGUUGUUCUUGUUUUAUUUGGUGUGAUCUUCUAGAAGGAUAAGGAAAAGGAUAACCUUGAGAGAGAGAGAGAGGAAGUUAAAUAGUGUAAUAAUAUGGAUGAAAUGUAUGGACUUGAAGCAACAACGUCGGUGGAGUAUUCAGAUAAAGCUUUGAUGUCUCCAGAAAAUGAUCAUGAUCUGCUUCUACCCUCUGAUUAUCCGACUUUUAUUUCCUCAACAAACUUCCGUGAUCAUCGGGUACUUCCCUCCUUUUUCGGAUCAGAUGAUCAUCAUCAUCAUAAUCAUAAUAACAAUCAUCAACAUCAUCAUCAUCAUCAGCAACUUCUUUCAGCAGCUUCGGCUGCUAUAUCUGAAGCCGCCGUUUCAUUUCAACGAUCAGAAGAAGAUGUUUCUAAUCUCAUCAAAACCAAAAUCUCUUCACAUCCCACUUAUCCUAAACUCCUACAAGCCUAUAUUGAUUGUCAGAAGGUUGGUGCUCCUCCGGAAAUAGCGAGUUUUUUAGAAGAAAUCCGUAGAAAAAACGAGUGUUAUAAGAGAGACUCCAUAAUCUCCACGUGCUUAGGAGCCGAUCCCGAGCUGGACGAGUUCAUGGAAACCUACUGUGAGAUGUUAGUGAAGUAUAAAUCAGAUCUCGCUAGGCCUUUUGAUGAAGCAACAACUUUCCUCAACAAGAUCGAAAUUCAACUCAGUAAUCUCUGCUCAUCUACUGCUGCAACCAAUACCAGACCCCUUUCCGAUGAAGGUGGUGCAUCUUCGGAAGAAGAGUUAAGUGGAGGAGAGGUAGAAGGAGGACAACAACAACAACAAGAGUGUCAACUUAGAAGUGAAGAUCGUGAUCUUAAAGAUAAACUUUUAAGAAGGUAUGGCAGCCAUAUCGGUACGUUAAAACUCGAAUUUUCUAAGAAAAAAAAGAAAGGAAAGCUACCAAGAGAAGCUAGGCAAACCCUUCUUGACUGGUGGAAUCUUCACUAUAAAUGGCCUUAUCCAACGGAAGCGGAUAAGAAUGCACUUGCUGAGACAACAGGAUUAGAUCAGAAGCAAAUCAACAACUGGUUUAUCAACCAAAGAAAGCGCCAUUGGAAGCCUUCGGAGAACAUGCAAUUCGCGGUCAUGGAUAAUCUUUCUGGACAAUUUUACAGGGAUGACUGAUCUGAUGAUCGAUCUGAGGUCCAAUAUUUUUGUACAUUCUUAUCUUAUUUGAACUUUAUAUUAGACCUCUCUCAUCCCCAUUCUAUAUCUAUAUAUAUAUAUAUAUGUUUAAACUAUAAAAAAAAAGGACUAUGAAACUAUAAAGAAAAAUUAAUGUUUAUAUACGCUAGCUAAUUAAGCCUUCAUGACUUGUUCUGUAUCCAUUGUGACAUUAUUGAAUGAAUUAUUGCUUCUUAAUUUCCCUCAAAAGAAAAAGAAAAUUGGUGGGAAAUAUAA